AUGGCGAAGCAGUACGAUGUGCUGUUCCGGCUGCUGCUGAUCGGGGACUCCGGCGUGGGCAAGACCUGCCUGCUGUGCCGCUUCACCGACAACGAGUUCCACUCCUCGCACAUCUCCACCAUCGGGGUGGACUUUAAGAUGAAGACCAUCGAGGUAGACGGCAUCAAAGUGAGGAUACAGAUUUGGGACACAGCGGGCCAGGAGAGGUAUCAAACCAUCACCAAGCAGUACUAUCGGCGGGCCCAGGGGAUAUUUUUAGUCUAUGACAUCAGCAGCGAGCGCUCUUACCAGCACAUCAUGAAGUGGGUCAGCGAUGUGGAUGAGUAUGCACCGGAAGGCGUGCAGAAGAUCCUGAUAGGGAACAAGGCCGACGAAGAGCAGAAACGGCAGGUGGGCAGAGAGCAAGGGCAGCAGCUGGCCAGGGAGUACGGCAUGGACUUCUAUGAAACAAGUGCCUGCACCAACCUCAACAUUAAAGAGUCUUUCACGCGGCUGACCGAGCUGGUGCUGCAGGCCCACCGGAAGGAGUUGGAUGGUCUCCGCACCCGGGCCGGCCACGAGCUGGCGCUGACAGAGCUGGAGGAGGCGGGCAAGCCCGAGGGCCCAGCGAACUCUCCUAAAACCUGCUGGUGCUGAGGGCCGUGAACGGAGCACCGCGUUCCCGCGGGAGGCCUGCGGGCAGCCGGGGAGGCUGGGCCCCUGUCCCGCCGCCGCUGUCCUCGCAUCUGACGACCCUGUUGAACGUCCCCCGCCUGGCGCGGAUGCGGCCCCGCUGUCGUUGCCUCCUCGCCAUC